GAAUUAAUUGUAGCUAUAGCUGUCUUACUCUAGAUGCACAGAGGGGACGCUUGUUGUGUUUAUUUUGAAGGGACAUGAAGUAGUUUGCUGCAUAUAUUUUUUUUUCCUCCCCUGAUUCUGUUUCUAUGUCUCUGCCAUCCGAGCAGACCUUUAAUUGACGCCGAUAUUACGCGCGUUCUGUUUUUUGGGUUUUUUUUUGCUUCAUGACUUACGAGACAGCGGUGGCGAAAGAGUUCUUGCGGCUGCGACUUUGCGACUUGACGCCAGUGUUCCUGCUGCAAAGCCUUGUGAUAUGUUGGACAUGGGGGAUAGGAAGGAAGUGAAAAUGAUCCCCAAGUCAUCGUUCAGUAUCAACAGCCUAGUGCCUGAAGCCGUGCAAAAUGACAACCACCCUCAGCCUCACCAUCACCAUCAUCACCAGCAGCAGCCGCAGCAUCUCCAGCUGCCCCAGCAGCAUCACCUCCAGCCUCACCACCGACCCCUCCAGGAAGAGGACGAGCUGGACAAGAGCCUCCUGGAAGUGAAGACAGAGAGUCUACCCCCGGGCAAGGGGGAUCCAGCCGCCUCCGAGCUGCCGGGGGAAGACAAGGACAAGAUCGACGAUAAGAAAGUGGACGGCAAAGACGGUGACAGCGGCAAAGACGGCGGCGACAAGAAGAACGGCAAAUACGAGAAACCCCCGUUCUCUUACAACGCCCUGAUCAUGAUGGCCAUCCGCCAGAGCCCGGAGAAACGCCUCACCCUGAACGGCAUCUACGAGUUCAUCAUGAAAAACUUCCCUUACUACCGGGAGAACAAGCAGGGCUGGCAGAACUCCAUCCGCCACAACCUCAGCCUCAACAAGUGCUUCGUCAAGGUGCCCCGGCAUUACGAUGACCCCGGCAAGGGCAACUACUGGAUGUUGGACCCGAGCAGCGACGAUGUGUUCAUUGGCGGCACCACCGGCAAACUGCGCCGGAGAUCGACCACCUCCAGGGCUAAGCUGGCGUUUAAACGCGGGGCCAGACUCACCUCCACCGGACUCACCUUUAUGGAUAGAGCGGGCUCCCUGUACUGGCCCAUGUCCCCCUUCCUCUCCUUGCACCACCCAAGGGCCAGCAGCACCCUGAGCUACAAUGGGACCACCUCAGCUUACCCCAGCCACCCCAUGCCCUACAGCUCAGUCUUGACUCAAAACUCCCUGGGCAACAACCAUUCUUUCUCCACGUCCAAUGGCCUGAGUGUAGACAGACUGGUCAACGGUGAGAUCCCUUAUGCCACCCAUCAUCUUACUGCAGCCGCCCUGGCUGCCUCAGUGCCAUGCGGCCUCCCUGUGCCUUGUUCAGGCACCUACUCCUUAAACCCUUGCUCUGUGAACCUUUUGGCUGGACAAACGGGCUACUUUUUCCCCCAUGUACCUCACCCCUCUAUCACCUCUCAAAGCAGCACUUCUAUGGCAGCCAGGGCGGCUUCAUCCUCCACCUCCCCCCAGGCUCCCUCCACUCUCCCCUGUGAGUCCCUCAGACCUGCCUUGCCAAGCUUCACUACAGGACUUUCAGGAGGACUCUCCGAUUAUUUCACACAUCAAAAUCAGGGCUCCUCGUCCAACUCUUUGAUACAUUAACAUCAUGGGA